GCCGAUCUGUUUUCCAUGAUGUGCUCCCCCUUAUCCGGCUCCAACUCCCUGGCUACGAUGACGCAGCCGCCGACGAUACGGGGCUGGCUGGUGUUGCCAACAGCGCUCUUGCUGGCGCUGGCCACAUGGCCUGAUUUCAGCCAGAGCCUGCCGCAAGGUGCUCCCGAAACAGUGUGCGACUCGAUGCUACCUUUCCACUCCGGCGGCAGUGUCCUGCCCCAGAGCAGCGUUUCACCCUUCAGAGUUGAGACCUCGGCCUCGACAGUCGGCCAGGGACAGACCCUCCGGGUGGAUCUUACCGGCGUGCCAGUCGGCUUGAACUUCGGCGGCUACAUGAUCCAGGCGCGCAACCGCAACCCACCGUACCAAAUCGUCGGUCAGUUUGGAGCUGCCCGCGAUGGAACCAUCAAGCUGAUGAAUUGCGAAAAUUCCGUCAACAACUCCGCCACUCACAGCAAUGCAGGACCCAAGCCGCAGGUGCUUCUGGAGUGGCAGUCGCCUGUAGACUUCCUGGGCGAGGUGGUCUUCAACGCCACGGUGGCCCAGUCUUAUAGCGAGUUCUGGGUCGGAGUACCGUCCCAGCCCGUUCAAAUUGUUCGCCGAGAUGUGUCGGCGGUGCCACUGCCCACCCAAGCUCCACCGGCCUCGGCAGGAACUACCCGUCCCCCCUACGUGCCACCCAAUUAUGUGGCUCCCAACAACGUGGCAGCGGCCAGCGCUGAUCCCAUCUACAAUGGAUGCGGACAGAGCAAGAACUGCUUUGGCUUUCCCAACGGAUGUGUAUCCUCCAAGACGUGUACAUCCAUCGCAGCUGUGACUGUGCGGGGCGACGUGUAUGAAUUCGAGAUUCAGUCCGGAAAGGGAACGAAUGCUGCCUAUGUGGCUGUUGGCCUGUCUGACGAUGAGAGAAUGGGUGACGACCUAACCACCGAGUGUGUGCCUGAAAACGGAAGAGUAAACCUGUACUCCUCACUGACUUCUGCGUCUCCCUAUGCGGCUGUCAGGUCAAGUGUGAGCCAAAACUCUGCCCGCCUGCUGGACGCCUCGCUGGUCGACGGAGUCAUAUACUGCCGGGUUCAGCGCGAUGCUCAGACCACCGUGCAGGGACGAAGCUUUGACCUGCGCAAUGGAAAGUACCACCUGUUGGUGGCCUCCGGAAGGAGCUUGAAGGAGAACAGCGUUGGCUAUCACGACAUUGGACGCUUGCCCUCGGCUAAGGCCAUCAAUCUGGCGGAAGUACAGGAUCUGGAGGGAUCCAGCAAGCUGUUGGUUCAGCUCCACGGUGCCUUCAUGAUUGCUGCCUGGAUCGGCACCACAUCAUUGGGUAUUAUCUUUGCCCGCUACUUUAAGCAAACAUGGGUGGGCAGCCAGAGCUGCGGCAAGGAUCAGUGGUUCGUCUGGCAUCGUCUGCUCAUGGUGACCACCUGGUCGCUCACCAUUGCCGCCUAUGUGCUCAUCUGGGUGGAGUUGAAGCGUGCCGUUUGGCAUGCACAUUCGAUAAUUGGCCUAAUCACCGUGAUCCUUUGCUUCAUUCAACCCAUUGGAGCCCUGUUCAGGCCAGGACCGAACGACAAGAAGCGGCCGUACUUCAACUGGGGACAUUGGCUGGGUGGAAACCUUGCGCACAUCUUGGGCAUUGUCACCAUUUUCUUUUCGGUGAAGCUCCCUAAAGCCGAGCUGCCGGAAUGGAUGGACUGGAUCUUGGUCAGCUUCGUAGUGGUACACGUUUUGGUUCACCUUGUUUUCUCCAUUGGUCUUUGUUUGAAUCAUUGGCAGGUGGCGGGUAUGGCCUCGGAGCGUCACCAGAGCCAGCGAGCCAACACGUUCCAGAUGGGCGACAUGUCGCAUCACCAUCAGCAUGCCAUGCGGAAUGGAAUGAGCAUGGAACGCAAGAUGGAUGCUCCGUAUGGAGCCAUGCGCAAGGGUCUCUUGGGAGUGUAUGCCGUAGUUCUGGCGCUAUUUGUUGUGGUGUUGAUUCUGUUGGUUGUGCUGGCGCCGAUCGAACAAUUCUUGGGAAAGUCAUAGGCGCCUCUUGAUCGCUUUCGUACACCUGUCGUACGUUUUGUAUAAUCUGUCCGCCCCCGCUCCAAUACUCCUGUACCAGUCUAGGGUUUUUAUCAUUUAACAAUUUUUGUUUAAAGCCUUUCCCCUCCAGUCACAGCGACUUUAAAAACCCGUGUUGUGUUGUUAUGUGUAAUUAUGCGCAAAGUGUAACCUACAGCGGAGCGCUCAGUACAUGUUAUAUAAUUUAUUAUUAAUAAAGUAAAACAAGCCAACAUAAA